UUCUUACAUUCAGCUGUGAACGGUAUAAUAAUGAAUGUCUCCAGACAAUUAAUACAUUGACAUGCAUUUGCAGAUAAGCACAUGUACUUUGUUUCUCACAAACCAUAGGGAACAUCAGGUGAAGAACUUGUAGGAUUUAAAGCAGAGCCAAAACUAAUGGUUGCAAAUUGUAAUCUAACCUAACACUUUCUCAGCCAUAGAUUCCUCCCCUUUUAUUUUUUUCUCCUUAAAACUUCUGCUGUUGCGUCACUGAUAAAUCACAGCCCUUUGCUUUGUAAUAGAUCCCUUUUUUAUUUAAAGUUUUGCCUUCCUACCCAUUAAAGCUUUACUUAUCAGUGUUACUUUUACUUUUCAGAAACGUAUAUUCAGUAUUAUAAGCUUGAAGUUCUUUUGUUUUCUCCCCAAAGACGUAAAACCCUGGGGGAUUUAAAUAUCUACUUGAUAGGCUUGCACAACCUUAAUCAGCCUAUAAUGGAGCUAAUGGCUGUUUGUCAUCCUUGGAGAUAUAAAUUUCCUGGUGAUGUCUACUGCAGUCAGUGCAUGAAGUAUGCUCUGACUGCCAGCAAGGUCUAAUAACCAGGAGAAGGGCAGCCAGCUUCAUUAGUGAGAGUGAGACUGAGACCGUACCGGCUGCUUUUCUGGGGAACUCUGCUUUUUUGAAUACCGAGGGGGGAAAAUGGAUAAUGCUGUUGAUGGUUUGGAUAAGGCUUCAAUCGCUAACUCGGAUGGACCAGCCCCAGGAUCCCAAACUCCCCCUUUCAAGAGGAAGGGCAAACUCUCCACCAUUGGCAAAAUCUUUAAACCUUGGAAAUGGCGAAAGAAGAAGACUAGUGAGAAAUUCAGAGAAACAUCAGCAGUGUUGGAAAGGAAGAUUUCGACAAGACAAAGCAGAGAGGAGCUGAUAAGAAGGGGAGUGCUGAAGGAAAUGCCAGAGCAAGAUGGUGAUGUAACAGUAAAUUUUGAAACUUCAAAUGGACACACCACAGCCAUUGGUGAAGAAACUAUACAGGAAGAAAAUGUGCUAAAAGCCAGUGGAGAUAAUGGUACUUUAUCAGAGAAAGCAUCAGCAUCAGAAGAUAAAAAAGAAGAUCAAAAAGAGAGCACUACUGAUCACUGCCCAGAAAUACCGGCAUCCCAUGCUCCACCACUACCCAAGCCUAAGCCUAAAUCUAAAAAAGCUCCGCUACCACCAAAAAAUGCUAUUGCUGCUUCCACCACCACCAGCCAUAAGAGUAACGAAGCACCUCAUGCUAAAAAAAAGGGAAAGGCUCCUGCUAAGCAGCCUCCUCUCCCACCACCCAAGCCAACAAGUCACAGUGCAAAUCGAGACACUGCUGGUUCCUCUCAUGUGAAAAAAACGCUAGUGUCCAAGUCCUCUUCAUCACCAUCUCCAUCCACAUCAUCUCAUCCCAAAGCCUCUAAGGAGACUUCUAGCAAAUCGAGCACAUCAGGGACUCCCAGGGGCAAGAAAAAAACUGGGAAACAUUCAGCCCCACGAACAGCGCCGGAUGGAGCUGCUUCUUCCCCCUCAGGUGCUACAGCCAACAGUUUGGAAGUAAAGGCAAAAAAACUCGAGCCUGAGCAACCUUCCAUACUAAUUUCAGGAACAGAGGAUGCAAAGCAAGCAAGCAAGCUUGUUGUCCCCCCUCCUCCCACCUCUGCCCCUCCUCCCCCUCCACUUCCACCUCCUUUUCCUGCUGGAUCUGGUCAGCCCACUGUCUCUUCAGAUGCCCAAGAUGUGCCAGAUGGCUGUGCAGCAGGGCCAGCUGUCCCUGGAUCAGAUCCUAAGCCUCCUCUCCAGACUGAGCAUGGCACAGAUGAGAGCCACGCUCUAGACAGUGGUCCAGAUGCCGGUGGAGGAGACACAAAGAGCUUGGUUACCAAAGAAGACCAAGAAGGGGAGGCACCUGACCAGGCACAUUCUGAGCUGGUGGAGGACGCUUCUGACACUGCUGCUCCUCCUGAGAGUGAAAGUAGCAGAGAGAGCCACAGCAGCGACUCGGACUCAGAUGGGCCGAUACUGUACACAGAUGAUGACGAUGAUGAUGAUAAUGCAAGUGCUGAAAGCUCUUUGGCAAGUAAAAUUCGUCGUAGGGAUACUCUUGCUAUCAAACUUGGCAACAGACCAUCUAAGAAAGAAUUAGAAGACAAAAACAUCUUGCAGCGGACAUCUGAAGAGGAGAGGCAGGAAAUCAGACAUCAGAUUGGAACAAAGCUAGUGAGGAGACUUAGCCAGAGGCCUACAACUGAAGAGCUCGAGCAAAGGAAUAUCCUGAAGCAAAAAAAUGAAGAAGAGGAACAGGAAGCCAAAAGAGAAAUAAAGCGUAAACUCAGUAGAAAGCUCAGCCUGAGGCCUACAGUGGCUGAACUUCAAGCAAGAAGAAUCCUUCGAUUUAACGAGUAUGUGGAGGUCACAGAUUCUCCGGAUUACGACCGUCGUGCUGACAAGCCUUGGGCUAGGUUAACUCCCGCAGACAAGGCAGCAAUACGGAAAGAACUGAAUGAAUUUAAAAGCACAGAAAUGGAAGUACAUGAGGAAAGUCGGCAAUUUACCAGGUUUCAUCGUCCAUAACUGUUGGACCACAUCCUCUAUUUCAUGUAACAAUUUUCUUUGGGGAAAUCGCUGAGUCCUGAAGACCUGAGAUUGCACUGGAAUUUGACUGAGUAUGAGUGUGUGCUACAGCUUACCCUGAGGUUAAUGAAGGAUGUGGCCCUUGUCUUUUUCAAUGGACAAAUGCUUUGCUUAGGAGGAGAACCCACAUGAAGUGUUUGUCAGUGUUAAGACAGACCAUGGUUCUGUGGCUAUGUCACACAGAUGAGUCGGUGGACUUCUUCAUCGGAGCUCCACAAGUCAGGAAGUGCUGAAGACAAUCGCUUGAGAACCUGUCACCAGGAACUCAUCAGACUUCACAGGGUUGUGAAUGAGGGUAACUGAGUGUGAAAAGGACUGAAAGCGUGGGGGAAGACAGGCUUCACUCGUUGGUCUACAAGCAAGAGUGGAACAGAUGGGACUGCUCAACAAUGCACUUGUCCAGUGGGAGAAAUUAUUUUUUAAAAGAAACUGAGAGUGUGAGCAACUGUGCAUGUAUUUUUUUUAGUGGCCGCAGCCUGUCUUAGAAAGACAGCAAGCCACAAGUCCUCAUGUCAUCAAUACUUUAGUGAAGAACUGUAAUUUUCUCUGGUGCCAGUAAAUACAGUUGCCAGAAAUUAGUCCUAGUAUAACUCAGCUGUCUUUUUUAAAAUCCCAAUGAGCAUGCUUCAAGAAAAUACAUUGAACAUUCAUACAGAACAAGUCAUAUAUUUUUGGGGUUUUAAUGUUGACAUACUCCUGAUCCUCAGAAAUCCAUAAACAGGAUUUGAAGGACAAAUAAUGUGACACUAUGAAUGCAAUGAAAUGCUUCAUGUAUAGAAACACUCCUUGCGGUCUGUCACUUGCUGUUCAAACCAGAGGGAUCAUCAUCUUUCUCAACCAUGGCAGGCAGGGGAGACAACUUUGACAUGAUGCUAGUGUGAAUCCAAAAUCAGAAUUUAAAUUAGGCAUAAAAGUCUUUACUAGCAGGCUUGAGCAGUGAUUACUAAUGUAACUUUUUACACUUAAGGACUCUUAGACUGCUUUGAGGAAGACUCCUAGAUGAAUCAAUAUGUCUUCAGCCAGUGGUCCUGUAAAAGUGAAUGGAAAAUCCUUAGCGUGUCUGCAGCCUGUUGUGUUGAGUGUGAAGAAUGCUUCUUAGAUUCAUAAUUUUUUAUACUGUCUUGAAAUUGUACAUGUGAAUACAGUACUAUUAAAAUUAAGUGGUAUGGAGUGUGAAAGGCAAUACAUGGUUUCUGUAAGUUGGCCCAAAGGCCUGUUCAAAAGCCUGUGGCGUUGUUUACACUAAGAAAUUCUCUGUCUUAUAUUAGCACUUAUUUAUCCUUUGAAUUAAUGUACACAGCAUUUGGGGGGGGUCUGGAAUUCACUUAUGCAUACAUUUAAUGCAGUAUUACAAUAUAUUUCCUAUUUAUCCUUUCUAAUGUGUGUACAUAUUACAAUUUAUUUUUGUCUUUCAUGUGCCCUUUUACUUUUUAAUUAUGAAAUGUAAGUAUUUCUUUUCCAGGCAAUAAAAGGUCUGUGUAGAUGUGAUUUUUACCUCAGAAACUACAGUAGAUUCUUGUGGAAUGUUUUCCAUUUAUAAAAUUGAAGAUGGUUGUUUUACAUGUCAGCCUAAAGGCAGGAAGGCAAGUUGGUGGCUAAAAUUAGAUCUCCCCCUUUACUGAUAUUUACAAGACAACCAGGUUUGUAUAAAUGGGGUGGAUUAUUUUAGUAA